UAUAGUGUUAUAAUAUAUUGUAAUUCGUCGGUCAGGAUUGUCAGUAUCGUUUAAGUUGUGAGUUGUAUGCUACGACGUUUUAAAUAAUAAAGUUAUUUGUGACUAUAAUACAUGAAUAAAAUCAAAAUUAAUAUCCAACGUAGACAAUAUUCUGAAUGAAAUAUGAAUGACAUAUGACAUAAAAAGAUGUUGAAAGGAUAUUGCACAAUAUAAUUUAAGAAAUCAAAUCAGAACAAAGCAGGAGAGAGAAGUAUGGUAUUAGUAUGAAGUGGAUAAUAAUUUCAUGUAUUUUGUGUGUAUUUGGUUGCUUUAAAGAGUUUAGGCCUUCAGAAUCUUUUGUGACUGAUUAUUUAACAGGACCAUGGAAAAAUUUUACAGAUGUUCAAGUAAACCAGAAAAUAUUUCCUGUUUCCACAUAUUCCUAUUUUGCAACGUUAAUUAUUGUAUUUUUAAUAACUGACUUUGUACGAUAUAAGCCAAUUAUUAUCUUAUGUGGUCUUUCUGGAACUAUUACAUUUCUCUUAAUAAUACUUGGACAAGAUGUUUUAACUAUGCAAGUUUUAGAAUUCUUUUAUGGCUUGUUUUUAUCCACGGAAGUAGCAUAUUACACAUAUAUCUAUGCCAAAGUUGACAGAAAACAUUAUCAGGAAGUAACUAGUCAUACAAAAGCAGCAGCUCUAGUUGGUCGUUGUAUGGCUGGUAUUAUUGCACAAUUAACAGUAUCUUUUGAUAUAUUAAAUUAUCAUCAAUUAAAUUAUCUUACAGUUGGAGCUGUUACAUUUGCAACAAUAUGGGCAUUCUUUAUACCUUCAGUUGGCCAGUCUAUUUACUUUCAUAGAAAAAAUAAAAAUAAUUUCUUAACUCAUAAUGGAACAAUUGUAUUGCAACAAAAUGAUAUAAAUCAAGUUUCACACAGUUCUGAACAGUCUGAGUGUUCUUUUUCUAAUAUUUCACUGAUACAUAAAGUUAAAGAAGCUUAUGUUCUAUUAUGGAAAGAUUUUUUACAAGCAUAUUUGAAUAGUCAUGUUGUAAAAUGGUCAAUAUGGUGGUCAUUUUCAACUUGUGGAUAUUUGCAAGUUAUUAGUUAUAUACAAUUAUUGUGGCAAACUGCUGUAGUCCCUGGAGAUAAAAUUUACAAUGGAGCUGUAGAUGCUUUAUAUACAAUUAUAGGUACAAUCACUGUUUUCUGUAUUGGGAAGAUACCAUUUAAUUGGUCUUUAAUUGGAGACAUAGUAGUAUCAUCUAUGUCACUUGUGGAAGGUAUUUUAUUAGUGGUAUCUUCAUAUAGUUGCAGUAUUUGGUUGUUAUAUGCUAUGUACAUAGUAUUUGGAAUCAUUUAUCACACAAUGGUUACUGUUGCAAGUUUUGAAGUUGCAAAAUGCAUAUCAGAAGAUAGUUAUGGUUUAAUAUUUGGUAUAAAUACUUUUUUUGCACUACUAUUGCAAAGUGUAUUAACAGCUAUAGUAGUAAAUGGAAAUUUAAAAUUAAAUCUGAGAUCUCAGUAUUUUAUUUAUGGUGGUUAUUAUAUCGCUAUAUCAAUACUUUACAUGAUAAUCGGCAUUUUAAACAUUAUACGACAUUGUAAAAAAGGUACUGGAUUUAAAAUAUGGGUACAGAAUACAGUAAUUGAGAAUGGGAAAUAGUCUCCAAAAUGAGUAGGUUCUAGUUACUGGUAUAGUUUUCAGAAAUUGAAUUAAUAAACAUUCAUUUGAAAAUGGUGAUAUUAGGUAUGUACAUAGUAAUCAAGGAUAGUUGAUAGGAUAUCAAAUAAAC